AUUAAUGUAAUAUUUACGUUGUUGUUUUUGGUCAGCUAGCUGGCUGGUUGAGUUAGCAUUAGCCUAGCUAGCUAACAUCUCCGACCAUGAGGUCACUGAGCUGCUCUCCUCUUAAAGAAGUGAAAGAGGAGGAGGAGGAGGAGGCUGUUACAGUGAAACAAGAAGAGGAAGACGUUUCAGUGAAAGAAGAGGAAGACGCGUUCAGAGUGAAAGAGGAGGAGGAUGUUACAGUAAAAGAAGAGGAGGAAGAGAUGGACAUUUCAGUGAAAGAAGAGGAAGAAGCGUUCCGAGUGAAAAAGGAGGAGGAUGUUAAGGUGAAAGAGGAGGAAGAGAAAGAGGAGGAUACCGUUUUUGCAAUGAAGGAGGAAGGAGAGAUAACUGUCAUACUGGAGGAGGAAGAGGAUGAGAUUGGAGAUCUGAUUAACACCAGAGAGACACGUGACAAUCGUGGAUCCUCUGGGGAGCCUCAACGACAUCAUGACUCUGACGAGGCAGAGGAGAGUCUCUCCGCAUCAGAACACCUCAAGAAACACCAGCGGAGACUCAAAACGAAAACUCACUGCUGCUCUGAUUGUGGGAAAGGUUACAAAUAUUCAUCAGCUCUUAAAAAACACCAGAGGUUCCACACCGGAGAGAAAGUAUACCACUGCUCAGACUGUGGGAGGAGGUUUACUUCCUCAGUCGGAAUGCAAUUACACCAGAGAACCCACACCGGAGAGAAACCGUACCACUGCUCAGAUUGCGGGAUGGGUUUUACUACCUCAUGUAGACUGAUAUCACAUCAGAGAAUCCACACUGGAGAGAAACCAUACAUCUGCUCUGACUGUGGGAUGAGUUUUACAACCUCAGGUGGAAUGAUAUCACACCAGAGAGUACACACUGAGAAGACUUUUGCUGCCCGGACAGCCCUGGCUACUCACAAACGAAUCCACACUCGGGAGAAACCGUUUCACUGCUCCGACUGUGGAAUGAGCUAUAUUACCUUCAGCGGCCUGAAAACACACCAGGCUAAACAUACCGGGGAGAAACCGUAUAGCUGUGAUGUAUGUGGGGAUAGUUUUUCUCUCUCCACAACCCUAUCUAUUCAUAAACGAAUACACACAGGUGAGAAACCUUACCACUGCCUUGACUGUGGAAUUAGCUUUUCUGCCUCAAGUGGCCUGAGAAGACACCAGAGAAAACAUACAGGAGAGAAGCCUUAUAGCUGUGAUCAGUGUGGGAAGGGUUUUCUUCGAUCAGACUCCCUGGCAAAACACAAGGCAAGAGCCACAGAGUGUGGAAUGAUCUCCAAUACUCGACCUGGGUAGUAGAACAGAGUGUGGAAUGAUCUCCAAUACUCGACCUGGGUAGUAGAACAGAGUGUGGAAUGAUCUAUUUGUGAUAACUUUUGAUGUGUGUGUGUGUGUGUGUGUGUGUGUGUGUGUGUGUGUGUGUGUGUGUGUGUGUGUGUGUGUGUGUGUGUGUGUGUGUGUGUGUGUGUGUGUGUGUGUGUGUUCAACUUGUAUUUAAAAAUCCUACCACUUUUGAUUGAUCUAAUGUCUAAUGAUCCCAAUUUAAAUGUUGUAAAUGGUGGAACAUUUAUAGAAAAUGUUAUAGAUGGAGCAUCAGCACAAUAAAUGUGAUGUUUUGGUGUAGUUGGAGACACUAGAAGCUUUCACAUUCCAGAUGUUGCUGCAUAUUAACAGAAAAAUGAGUUUCUAAUAUCAUGUAGCCUCCGACUCCAAGUUUCACUGGCGUUGCUCUCCAAAACCCUGAGGAAGUUCAUGUUGGAAAAGUAGGUAUGAAAGCAUCACGAUGCUGGCUGAUUGGCUGAGAGUAUUUGCCAUUUUUCCAAAUCAACCAUCAUUUACACCCCUCUUCAGAAACAGAGUAAGCUAAGAAAACUCAUUUCAGUCUUCUAGAAACCCUGGGACCCUGACCCUGGGACCCUAACCCUGGAAUCCUGACCCUGGGACCCUAACCCUGGAACACUAACCCUGGGACCCUGACCCUGGAACCCUAACCCUGGAAUCCUGACCCUGGGACCCUAACCCUGGAACACUAACCCUGGGACCCUGACCCUGGAACCCUAACCCUGGAAUCCUGACCCUGGGACCCUAACCCUGGAACACUAACCCUGGGACCCUGACCCUGGGACCCUAAUCCCUUUCCCUGGAACACUAACCCUGGGACCCUGACCCUGGGACCCUAACCCCUUUCCCUGGGUAAACUCGGAACAUUGUUAUACGUGUAAGUAAAUAAAGGAGUGGAAUAGAGACUGUUUUUAUGUCAAGAGGUUAAUGGGUCUCUAUAGAAAGACAGAUGCUAGCCUAGCUGGGUACGUUAGCUUGCUAGACUAGCUGGGUAAUGGCUGUGGAAUGUGUUGGGUGGACUGGAGGAGAUCACAGGAUUACUAUAGGGGAAGCGGAUGGACAUCUGUGGAUUAGGCGAAAGAGGGGUUGAGGUCAGGUCAGAUCCCCUGAAGGGAGUAAUUACGGUUCAUUACCCUAUUACCCUGUCAAACAAUUAGAUGUAAGGAUUGGAGAGGAGUGUCCCAAGUGGUGUGUAUAUACUGGUGAUGGUGGAAACAUGUUGUUGUCUGAAUUACAGCUGUAACGACCCUUUGGGAGAAAAUUAAACUUGCUUA